UUGAGAGGGAAGUGCUGCUGUGGUGUGACGUGGAAAGGCAGAAUGGCUAUGGCAUUUAUGUCUUUUGUAAUCAGACAAGUAAAAUCCGGAGACACAAUAAGAACAGAAUGCCAGCUUCCAGCAGGAUAUAACUCUAUGAUGUAGCACAUAUGCACACUGACUCACCUCUGUGAAGAAUAACUGUCAGUCGUCAUGGACGGAGGGUUGACUAUCACUUUUAUAUCGGUCGCGAUGUUUGUAGGUACUUUUGUACUUGGAUUCAUCCCACUGUUGUUCAGGCUUAACGAGAAAAGCCUCCAGUUUGUCUCCAUCUUGGGGGCAGGACUGCUGUGUGGAACAGCGCUGGCCAUCACCAUCCCUGAGGGAGUGGGUUUACUGGAGGAGUCAUGGAGAGCAUCCUCUUCCUCCUCUGAUGUGCCAUCCGGUCUGAAUGCCAGUGAGAAAAAUGAAAAUGUAACUACCACUGAUGGUCCACCUCGGUUUCUCAUUGGGAUGGCUCUAACUUUCGGGUUCACCUUCAUGUUUGUGGUGGACCAGAUCGGAAGUUACUUCUCCAUGCCUGGGCGAGUGUCUAUUUUGGCUAACAGUGUCGGCAUCACAGCCACUUUGGGGCUGGUGAUUCAUGGUGCAGCUGAUGGAUUUGCGGUGGGUGCAGCUGUAGCCUCGGGGCAAGUGACAGUGCAAGUUAUAGUAUUCCUAGCUGUGAUCCUACACAAGGCACCUGCUGCUUUCGGGUUGGUCUCCUUCCUGAUGCAUGCAGGCCUUGAAAAGAAGCACAUUCAGGGACAUUUGCUGGCCUUCUCAGCUGCAGCACCCGUACUUGCCAUCACCACUUACUUCAUAUUACAUGCAUCUGGCAGCUCCUCUCAGAAUCAGCUCAGUGCGACAGGAGUGGGAAUGCUCUUCUCGGCUGGGACGUUCCUCUACGUGGCCACAGUGCAUGUUCUCCCCGAGAUCAGCAGUAGGAGGACGGGCAGACCCUCCUCUGACCCCGAUCAGUACUCUGGAGCCGAGGCCCACCAUGAACGAUAUCUGGGGCUCCUGGAGAGCCUCACUUUGAUCCUGGGGAUCGGGCUUCCUAUGGUGCUGGCCCUUGGGCUGCAUGACGACUGAGAAGGAAACGUCAGGAAAAGUGUAGUGCAAAGGUCACAGUGUCACCACACCUCAAAGGAAAACACCUGUCCCUUUUCACUUCCUGUAUGGCAGAAUGACUGGACAAGAUGUGUGGAGAAAGAGAGUUUACCUCGCUGUGUUUUAGUCUCAGUAAAAAUGAGUCCAGCUAUUGUUUGUGUAUCAAAGGAGCUCUCCAGUGGGUCUAAAAACCUGAUAGCUAAUAUAUUUCCUCUGGGGGGGGUUUCCAUUCCAAGACUGAAAAAAGGCGCUAUUUGUUGUUUGAAGUUUGAAUACAAUAAGCCUUAUACAGGCCCUUUCAUCAUCACGUCACAAAGAUAAGAUUCAAAGGUGAAAUCCCAGUAACUCAAUAUAUUUACAGUAUCAACCUGUAACCAUAACUGCUCGUUAUGAUCACUGCUUAAUGUUGUGCUCUUUUUUGUUUUCUCCACAUGUUUUUUGUCGAAGUGGUAAACUAAAACCUGUGUUAAGUCAAUGUUGAUACAAAUAUAGAAACAAAAUGUCAAUAUUAAAGCAAUUUACAA